AUUGACAUGUACGGUCGCAACAUGUUAUAUCAUAUAAAAUAAUCAUAUAGAUAUAUUAUAUUAACCAUGGGUUUUUUAUAUGUUGUAAACUUAUAUCUUCAUAUAUCCAGAGGAUGUAUAUAUGUGAUAAUAAUUUAUCCACAUCACUCUUGAUAUAGAGACAAAAUCUCAUGUUACAUUUCCAAAUGGGAACUUUUAAAAACGUGGAUUAAUCAUCAAUCAAAUGAUUCCCACAGUGUAUAUGAGUCGAUCAAAUCUGCCUAGAAACAACAGAUGUGUGUCUAAGUGUAAUGUUUGGACUAAGGACUCAGUUUGGCGGGUUGCUGGAUCCCACAGUUGCAGCACGAGGCUUUUAAUUAGAGCAACCUACAGAGGAGCAAGAGACAUGCAGCGAUAUAUGACUCUGUCUCUGUGGGAGUGGUCUCCUGCGGGUCACGUGGUCCAGGCCUUUGUUGAUGUGAAUCAGUGGAGAACGCACAGGAGGACAAAAAAAAAAAAAAAAGUCCAGGUCCGAUCGACCGACCGACCGCAUCCGUCCGUCCUUCCCGGCGCACACUCGCCCCGCUUCGGCCUGGAUGCUGCUGGAAGCCGCUUCGGAUUUUCACCUGGAUCUUUUUCUCCGCGGCGGUGCCCGGUUCUCCCCGCCGGUUUGAGUGCGAGGCAGCGGGGGCUGGGGGAUGGAGGCUCAGUCCGGGCUGUGAGCAGACUGGUUUUAGGGGGUGGAGGCGGAGGUGUGGGGGGUCGCUGUGUGAAGCCCCAGGCCCUGCUUUGCUUUGUUAUCCCGGGCUUCGUGUUGCAGCCCUCCUCGGGUUUUUCCAGCGUGUUUGUGUUUCAUCAUGAAGCUUCUCCCGGAGAGACACUGAGUUUCAGACCGGAGGGAAACACAUGGAGGGAAGCAGCAUUUAACUCCUUAUUCUUCUUUCUCUGCGGAGUGUUUCUGACCCGAGGAUCCUCACAAAAACAGAUUGUUUUUAUUUCUGUUUUUCAUCCAUCUCUUUGUACACCUCUGCCCUAUCUCUAUAUCUCUAUCUCCAUCUCCCUCUCUUCACCUCCAUUUAUCGCUAUCUUUCCCUUUAUCCCUCACCUUUCAGUCUCUACCUCUCCCCUCUGUCGGGGUCUAUCCCUCCAUCUCUCCCUCCUCCCGUCCUCCAUCAUGGCUCCAGCGUGCCGGUUCUCGUGGUUCUGCUGCCUGCUGGUUCUGCUGGUUCUUCCCGCCGCCGUCCGGAGCUCGUUCCCCCGCAGCGGAGGCAGCAGCAGCGCGGAGUGCGGCCCCGGGAAGGCCGCCGACUGCCCAGAUCUAUCAGAGAAGAAGAGCGACCUGCGCGUGUGCGAUGCCGGAACGUGUCGCUUCGGAGGAACCUGCCGCGAGAACGGAGCUGACAUCAAGUGUGUCUGCCAGUUCCACUGCCAUAAAAAGUACGUCCCUGUGUGUGGGUCAAACGGAGACACGUACCAGAACGAGUGUUUCCUGAGGAGAGCCGCCUGUAAGAAGCAGAGAGCCAUCACCAUCAUGUCAGAGGGACCCUGUUACCACGACGCUGGUUCGGGAUCUGGAGAUGGAGAUGAUGAAGGCUCCGGUCGCGGUAAAAAGGCCUCGAAAUGUGGAAACUGCAAGUUUGGAGCCGAGUGUGACGAAGACUCUGAGGAUACACUCUGCAUGUGUAACAUCGUGUGCAACGGCCACAACGACAACCCGGUGUGCGGCGGCGACGGUGUCACCUACGACACGCCCUGCCACGUCCGAGAGGCGUCCUGCCUCAAACAGCUCAAGAUCGACAUCAAACAUGUGGGACGUUGCCAAGACAAAAGCAGGAAGGAUGACGGCGUCAAGACCAAACCAGACAUCUAUGCUGUGUCCAAACCUGGUGAGGGGGAGGGGUUUAUGGACAGCCCCACCCCCUGUCCUGAAGACUACGCCCACUUCUGUGAACACGGCCAGUGUGAGAUGAGACAGAAUCUUCCCACCUGCAGGUGUGAGGCAGCGUAUGGGGGCGCUCAGUGUGAUGAGCUGCUGGACUUUAACAUCCUGUACGUGGUGCCCAGCGGUCAGAAGCUGCACUACGUCCUGAUCGCCGCCAUCAUCGGAGCCGUUCAGAUCGCCGUCAUCGUAGCCGUGGUCAUGUGCUUCACCAGGAGGUGCAACAAGACGAAGCGUGGACGGAGACAGAAGCAGCACCUCGGCCACUUCCCGUCAGGAACGUCCUCCAGGAUGAUGUAGCUGCUCCAGUUUCUGUGAAAUACAAGAAGUCCAAUUUUUCGUACCACACAGACAGACUGCAUUUUUUAUAUCUCGACUUUUUGGUGCCUCUUUUUUUCCCCUUUUUAAAAAAAAUAAUUUUAACUUUCUUAAGGGGCCUUAUUUUAAAGAUUUUCCUCCAUCUUUGAUUUCUCUUUCUGGCUGCACAGUUUUGUCUCUUCGCUGUCUGCAGAGGACGUUUUGUUUUCCAUCAGUCGGAGCGGAGACGUACAGUCUGGUUCGUGUUUGUCAUGAUGCUGCUGCUCUCAGACUCUGAAUCACUGUGGAUCCAACAGGAAACAUUAUUUAUCUGAUUGUAUCUUCACUCUGGACCGUCCACAUACUAACUGGAAAGAUGUUGUUUCUGUUUGUUUUCACCCUGUGGGACGCAGACCGACAUUGUUUCUGUUUUAGAUUUAUUUUGAAGGAAAACUAGAAAAUAUGUGUAACCUUGUUUAUGUGGCAUGUACAUUAGAUAUAUGCAAAUAUUAGCUAUUCCUGCAGAACACCUAAUGUUGACAUUUAAAUACUGAAUUCCUGUGAUUUGAAUUCACUUUUUUCCAGAAACCAUAUUUGUGGCUAAAAUCUUUAUUCUGGCAUCUGGUUGUUCAGGUUUGAAUUUUAACCAUUUUUUUGACCAAAUUCAAAUUUUUACUCCAGAAUUUAAGCAAAUUCUUUUUUCUUUUUUUUCAUAUUGGACGCUAGAAUUUAUUUUGCGUUUGGUAAAUAAUUUCUCUAGGACUAGAAGUUUUACAACUUGAAAUUAGAGGAGCACAAGCCACAUAAAUUUAGAUGGUUUUCAAAGUAAAAUACUGUAUGUUAUUCUAUAUAGUCAGUGGUAUUUAAAUUUCAAUAUUAAGUAUUUAGAAGUUUUUUUUGCUUCUGUAGUCACCUUGAAAUUACGGCAUAAAACUACAGAUCUGGUUAAUUUUUCUGAACUCUGAUGAGACAGUUAAAGGUUAAAGUUGGUCACUCUUGCACCAAAACAGCCUUUAGAAAUUUAACAUGCAACAAGAUGUUUGCGAGUCGUCACUUUGGUCUUGACACUCGGCUGCAGCAGAAAGUGUCCGAGCAGCAGCCGUGAUGAGAGCUGGUUGAUUUCUGCUGAGGAAAGGAGCCUCAGUGCUUCCUAUCUUAUCUCCUUUAGCAUAGAGGACACUGGAGCUUCCUUUAACAAAGGGAAAGGGGAUAAUGCCAUCCCACAAUUCAUUGCUGCAGCAACAUUUAUGCACCAACAUCAGUAACAUCCUCAUGACAUUUUCCAUCAAGGUCAAGGACUUUUUUUUUUUCAUUUCGACUGCAGCCCUGGUUUUGUUUCAUACUAAUAACUCCCAUGAUGCACUGCUGCUCACGGUUAGCCUGGUUUUCUUUGUCACCGUGUUAUAACGCCUUAAUACUCCAGGGGCCGCUCUUUGUCGGGACUACAGGAUCAUCAGGGACCACUCGAGGCCUCGGGUGUUUGUGCUGCAGUAGACUUGUGUCUAACGUGUUAUUUUCUUUUUUGCUGCAUCUCACAGGGUCAAAAAUACCUUUUCAUGUAACUUAGAUGAACUUUAUUUGAACUUUUUGUAUUUGUUAUGAUGAGACGCACCUGAAAACCAAAAUGCUGUUUUUUCUACUGCUUAAAAAAAAGGUACAAGCUGACAUGUACAGGUUGUUGUUAUAAUUAUUUUAUUGCUUAAUUUUCAGAUGACGCCAUUCCGGAAAUGGAUUCCAAUGUUUUUUUGUGUUUUGACAAACUGCUAAUAAUUUAAAUGACUGUUUGUUUUGUUUUUUUUGGUCGAGUUUCUUCUUUUUUUUUAUAUAAUUUGUAACAAUGGUACGAAGUGUCCGUGUUGGUUGUUUUAUUGUGGUAGAAGGAGUAGAUGAAUAAGCUGGGGCGAGGUUCCCUAAAGCAUCGCUGCGCUGAGAUCAGAUUUAUCUGGAACACAAACAUUGGUGGAGCUGUGGUCUCGGUCUCGUGAUGCCUGUGGGAAUCCGCUCUGAUUUUACUGUAGAUGUUGCGUACUGCAUGAAACAGUGAAGUUGUUGUUUAGACUGUGCUGUAGUUGAACUAGAAUUAAAUUAUGAUGUUUGAACCCA